AGGAGGUUCACAGAGAGUUCAGCCGCAUACAUUAGGUAAUAGCGUCGCACGCCGUGACAUAACUAGUGCGAAGCAGGUUGAGUUGAGACAUUUAUCAAUAAAAAAAAAGAAGAAGAAGAAAAAGCGGAGAUAAGAUUUAAACUUUGUUAUGCAAAACAACCAGCAGACCUGGAUGCGCGGAAGACUCCAGCGCUCACGCUGCGCGCCAAUACGCGCAUUUUAUGAGGAAAUUAAAGGUCUGUUCCGGCGCACACGCCCCUCAUAGUGCGAUGCUCCUGCUGCCUGGUCUGCGCCUCAACAACCGGCUGUAAACCUGCGGAGAGACAACUGAAAGUCGCCACUAACAGGAAGGACUCUGUCUUCUUGUUCUUCAUGAGGAGAGCAUCUUCUCCAGCAGGACUCCGCUAAGGUCAUGUUUGACUUCAUGGAAUUUCAGGUUUUCGGUCCGGGAGAAAUCAUGGACUUCUACUCGACUUCCAGCCCCGACUGCGCGCUGCAGGACCUGGACCUGGACCAGGACCUGGACCCGGACCAGGACCGGGACCAGGACCGGGAUCUGGCAGCUUUCUUCCCCGAGCUGGUCGAGUCGGACUGGCCGGAGCAUCGAUGCUCGCAGUCAGUGGAAAGCCAGAGCUCCAGCUCCAGCUCCAGUUUGGAUGACCUGUUUACCAGUCCGCCCUCCCCUCCUCCGCCGCCGCGAACCUACAAGCCCUGCUUUGUGUGUCAGGAUAAAUCCUCAGGCUACCACUAUGGAGUCAGCGCCUGCGAGGGCUGCAAGGGUUUCUUCCGCCGCAGCGUGCAGAAAAACAUGGCGUACACCUGCCACCGUGACAGAAACUGCAUCAUCAACAAGAUAACCAGGAACCGCUGCCAGUACUGCCGCCUGCAGAAGUGCUUCGCCGUGGGAAUGUCCAAAGAGUCGGUGAGAAAUGACAGAAACAGGCGGAGAGGCAAGAAGGAGGCGGUGAAGAUGACCAUCAUGGAGACGUACGAGCUGACGGCCGAGCUCGGCCUGAUCGUGGAGAAGAUCUGCAGGGCGCAUCGAGAAACCUUCCCCUCCCUCUGCCAGCUGGGGAAAUACACCACAAACUCCAGUUCAGACCACCGGAUCCAGUUGGACCUCGGGUUGUGGGACAAGUUCAGCGAGCUUGCCACCAAGUGCAUCAUCAAGGUGGUGGAGUUCGCCAAGAGAGUCCCAGGCUUCACAGGCCUGACCAUCGCCGACCAGAUCACUCUGCUGAAAGCCGCCUGCCUUGACAUCCUGAUCCUCAGGAUUUGCACUCGCUACACUCCGGACCAGGACACCAUGACGUUCUCCGACGGCCUGACUCUGACCCGCACUCAGAUCCACAACGCCGGCUUCGGGCCGCUCACCGACCAGGUCUUCACGUUUGCCGGUCAGCUGCUUCCUCUGGAGAUGGACGAGACGGAGAGCGGGCUGCUCAGCGCCAUCUGCCUCGUCUCCGGAGAUCGCCAGGACCUGGAGGAGCCGUCAAAGGUGGAGGUGCUGCAGGAGCCGCUGCUGGAGGCGCUGAAGAUCUACUCGCGGCGGCGCCGACCCAGCAUGCCCCUGAUGUUCCCCAAAGCCCUGAUGAAGAUCACCGACCUGCGCAGCAUCAGCGCUAAAGGAGCAGAGCGCGUUGUGACACUGAAGAUGGAGAUCCCCGGCUCCAUGCCUCCUUUGAUCGAGGAGAUGAUGGAGGAUCUGCAGAACCUGGAGACCAGCCAGCACUCACACAGCCUCUCCUCUCACUCUCAGCACACACGCUGCUCCGGCCUCGCAGUCUGAAGACGCCGCAGAACUUUUUCUUCCUCCCCAGAGAGAGAUUACUAACGAUGUAAAAGUGCAGAUGCAGUCCAGAAGGUCACUAGUCUCUUACCUCCGUAAAACGUCUGGGAAUAUUUCAGAGUUAGAUCUGCAGACGUGACAAAUGAGAUUCAGCUUUCACAUUAACAACAUGGUAGUUGCAGUGAGAUGAAAUCCUGCUUCGAUGGAAGGUAAAAGUAGAACGAUGCAGUAACUUUGUAGUCUCUCUUUUUGUUUUCCUGCAACGCUGUGGCAGGAAUCUCAUAACCUCUGAGAACCACUCUCAGCUUUUGUUUACCACAUCUGGGUCUUACUGUAUUUAUAUUUGCAUGAUGAUUUAUUAAUUUUUACCUCACUGAAAAACGCCGUCAGUAUUCAGUAGAAAGAGAGGGCACAUGUGGAAAGGACUCGUUAAAUCUUUUUAGUUUCUUAAACAGGGAAACAAGUAAAGGGAAAAAAGGUCAAACGUUGAACUGGUUCCCAGGUUGAUGCAGGGAACUUGAGAGAGGAAAGAGGACAUUUAUGUCAUCCAAAUAGUGGAGAUGGAUCGUUUAACUGCCAUGUUUUUGUGAUGAAACAAAAAUAAAUCCUCCAAAAAUACAAAAUCUUGAAUAUUUUUGUCAUGUUCCUGGUGCAGCUAUAUUAAUACAUUUGAAAUCAGGCAAAACUAACUUAUGAGUAACUUCUUAUCAAAAUAUAGGAGCUUUUUAAGUCAAUAAUUCCUUAAUACUGAUGGAAAAAUACUAGAUUAUUUAAUUUAUAAGACGGGAAAAAUGUCUUGUUAAAUAAUCUGCAAUAUUAAUUUCCUUAAUAUUAAGUAACGUUCUUGCAGAAAAGUUAGUUUUCUCUUAUUUCAAGUGAACUAAGAUAUUUGCACAAGGAACUAGACUAAAAAUAUGUGGUAACAUUUUGUAUUUUAGCAGUAAAGAUAAAUAAUUUCAAAACUUUUGAAACUUUAGAGCCAAAAGUUGCAAUAACUUCUUGUCUGUGUGUUCACAUUCUCUAACUAAUAAUCAAGGGAAUCCCAUUUUAUUUUAAUUUCUACAUUCAGUUGGACCACAUCUGGGGAAUCACAGUUUUUUCUGUCAGAUUUAGCUAUGGACUUUGACUAGACCAUCCUCUUCAGAAGACAUUAUAUGGUUGGAUGUAUCCUUUUCAUCUUCAGCUGUUUCAACAAAUACCUGAAGUUUAUUGUGUUUAAACUGACUGCUGUUGGAACCAUUCAUGCCUUCAUUCAGUUUAACGAAAAACUCAAGUUGUGGGUAUAAAUAACUACCAACAUGUUUCACUGUGAGUCUGGUGUUCUGUGGUGAUGUGCAGUGUUGUUUCUGUGUGAGACAGUUUUACAAUUAUGGCACAGAAGUUAUCGUUUUAUUUUGCUUCAUAUUUUCUUCUGAAAGGCUUUGGGAAAUUUUCCAACUCCAGACAUUUGGAAAACACAGGAGAUUUCUGUCAACUUGCCAAUGUUGAUGUCCAAACAAAUUAUUUCAUCUCCAAUCUUGGAUAAAUUUCUCUGAUGUCACUGCCUGACAAUAUUUUAAUGGUUUCUAGUUUAUUCCAAACGUAACACUGUUUUCUCUGAAGUUCUCAUUACGUCCAGCUGACAUUAACAUUUCUGGAAAGACCAGAUAAAAAUGACAUUAUUCAAUCUUAUAGUGCAGCAGGAAUAACUUUAUUGGGGAAAAGAAAAUUAGCCACUGAAAAAUUCAACAUGGCGACCAUUUUUCAAGAAGGAAAAUACAUUUUUGCACUAAAAUCACCAAUUAAAUUAUUGUGUUUGGUGUUCAAUCACAGCCAACAUAUUUUAAACCAUAGAAAUUAUACAUACAUUUUAUUGAUCUUGUGUUCCUUUUUCUGGAGGACAUUUUUCAAAGUGGUUGUAAUUGAGAACUUUGGGCCAAAAUUGGCAGCAGUUACACUGAAGAGCUUAACUACACAAAUGUCAUUGAAAAUUACUAAUUAUACAUGAAAAUGUGUGCAUGCUAACUCUAAACUGCUAAAUAUAUGAAAAACUUAGCACAAGCUAACGCUUAACCACUAAACACAUCAAAAUAUUUUGCUCUGCUAAUGCUAUACUGCUACAUUUUACACAUAAGUUCAAGCUAUGCUGCUCUGCAAAAACAAAACUGAGCAGAAGCUAACAUUAGCCAUUGAGACAAUUGUUUCUGUCACAUCUUCAUCGCUAACAGCUAGUUCUCAGUUUCAGCUUUUAUAUCUGAUUUUGCUUCAUAUCACAUUCAAUUUAGAAUGACCAAAAUCAAAAACAUACGAUGUGAUAAAGUUAAUCCCAGUGGUGAAAAUGGAUCACAUUUUAUUGCAAUAACUGGUUUUCAAGCCUCAAAAGCGGCGGCCAUCUUGAGAAAUGGCCAUCAUCCUGAAGUUGAAGUGGCUCAUGGGGAAUUUAAAAGAAAUUUAACAGAAAUAUUUACGGUUGUAUCCACAAUUGAAGUAUUUCACAGAUGUGCUGCACUGUUAUUGGCCUGGAAAAGCUUUUGUGGCAUUUAACAAAGAAGAAAGUAAUAAAAUGGUGGAAAAGAUUGUAUGUAAUCUGAAGAGAACCUAUAAUGGGGACUCAUUAUUAAAGGACCUUAGAUUAAACAUUUAGUAAACUUUUUUCUUCUUUUUAGUCUUUAAAUGUGGUUACUGAAGGGCAGACAGGCACACACACAGCUGACACCAGAUAUUUACAUUUACAUGCUGAAAAUGUAGAUGAUUUCUUGAGAUUCUGUUAUUUUUCCAUUGUGAAAACAUGACGGUUUAAUAAAGGUGUUUUACACUUUUUAUAUCCACUGUACGUGUGAAAAAGUAACGUAUGAGCUCGUUUUGUGGUCAGUGCUUCUGGGUGCGCUCCAGCAUAAUGAAACAUUUAUCACCAUGUUAGUAAGCUAAAUAUCAAAUACAUAUAUCUUAGACUUCAUGAAUGAAAUUAUCUAAAUACAGAUUAUCAUUAUUAAUUCUUAUUGCUGGAAAUAUUUUUUGCUUUUUUUUAAUAUCAGGAUUAAACAUAUGAACAGUAAAAUGAUUUUGUAGCCUUUGUUGCACUGUUGGGCAUUUUCAUUUACAUCCUCUAUUUUUAUUUCCUGUUUCCAGUUUUAACUACAAAGUUAAUGUUCUUAUCAGUCUGAGCUGCUGGUUGUUUUUCCUACACUGUGUUUGUGAGGAAGCUACAAACAUAACUAAAGAACAUUAAAAAAUACAUUUUAUUAAACUUGAAAAUUGUUGUAUUAAUUAGAAGAAGGAAAAGCCGGUCUGAUAUGAAAGAGAACCAGAAAUAAUGAUAUGAAUUAGAAGUUACUGGAUAUAAGCAGCUCAACAUGCAUCCUAUGAAAACUCACAUGUGCCUGCCAUUAAUGUGCCAACAUUUAGUUUUUACUUCUCUUUUUAAGUUUCUGCUACAAACCAGCGCAGUGUGAAAACUGUUUGUACAUAUGAUCAUUUUUCAAUUGUAAAAUUUCAUUUAUGAAAUCAUUAAACAUUCACUGUUUUU